AUGAGGUGGGGCAGAAGAAGAGUGGUUCAAAUCACCAGCGUCACCACGGACUAUGAGGGGCCCAGGGGCCAGGGGGGUUCUGCCCCUGCCUUUUGCCCACCUAAGACCCCACCCACUGCAACUGCUAAUGGGGAGCCCAACCCCGAGCAUGGAGGGGGGGCAGAGCACCCCGGAAUGUCCCCACCGCCUGCAUACCUCCGUUUCCGGGUGGUAAAGCUGCUCCCCGGCCUCGGAGAGCCUUACCGCCGAGGCCGUUGGACGUGGAUGUUUGAGAGAGACCUGGCCCCCCAGGCUUUGUGUGGCCGGCUCCUGGGAAAUUCGAGGGGCCUCAGGAGGCGCAGGGGCAGAUCUCUGGAUUCCAUUGAGCUGGCCAGCUUGGGCCUGGGUGCCCCAACUCACAGCCAGGCAUCUCGGGCCCCCACCUCCUGGCUCCGUCCGCCCCCCACCUCCCCUGGACCUCCAGGCCCGCUCCUCCUUAACCAGUGAGCCAGCUGUGCUGUCUCAUGUAGGAGCCACAGUAGAACACCCACUGUCAGCCUCCCCCACCCCAGCAGCGCCCCCAAGGAGCCCCGGACUGGGGAUGACGCGCGAACCCAUCCCAGGCUGCCACGCCCACCAUCCCUGGGGAGGGUGGAAGCGGAGGCUGGGGGCUCAGCAGCCAGGGACCCCUCCCUGUCCCUCAAGGAUGGAGCCCUGCGGCUGAGGAUGGAGUUAGUCGCUCAGAGGAGGCUGGGCCAGGUGCCCCCACUCGACUCUCGCCCCGGCUCCCCAGCCCUUUACUUGUUCCCCGAUGCCAGUCUGGUUCACAAGUCUCCAGACCCCUUUGGAGCAGCAGCAGCCCAGAGCCUCAGCCUGGCCCGCUCCAUGCUGGCCAUCAGUGGCCACCUGGACAGCGAUGAUGAUAGCGGCUCCGGAAGCCUGGUUGGCAUUGACAACAAGAUCGAACAAGCCAUGGACUUGGUGAAGUCCCACCUCAUGUUUGCGGUCCGGGAAGAGGUGGAGGUGCUGAAGGAGCAGAUCCGAGACCUGGCCGAGCGGAAUGCCGCGCUGGAGCAGGAGAAUGGACUGCUGCGUGCCCUGGCCAGCCCCGAGCAGCUGGCCCAGCUGCCUUCCUCGGGGGUCCCGCGGCUUGGGCCCCCUGCGCCCAAUGGGCCCUCCGUCUGAGCCUCCCUUCCCUCACAAUGUGCCUUUGGGGGCUCCCACAGCUGCCAGGCCUUGUGCCAGCUGCCUGCCCCCUCUUCCUAUGCAGCUUUAAUGCCUCCUGAUCCCUGGGGAUGGGAGUUGAAGGCUCAGAAUUGGCCUGUCCCCGCCCCCCACAACUCUUCCUCAAUCUCCCCCUAGUGCCCAGGGACUGAGCUGCGGCAUCUCCAGGCCUUGAAGGAGGAGGGAGGGCUUCAGGAUGGGGUGUUAGAUGGAGCCCUCCUCCCUCCCGAGGUGUCAGUGUUCUGGGACCCCUGGCAGUAGAUGGCUGGGGGCGUUGGAGUCUCCCUGGCAGACACCCCAUCCCCACCUCAUUCCCUCAAAGUACCCCCUCUCCUCUGCCCAGGGGAGGGAAUAUGGACAGUC